ACGACCUCGCCGGAAUCUGAAAUCAAGAGGGGGAGACCAGAUUUCGGUCAAAGACAUGAUUGGAGGCUCCCCCAGAGGCAUAUUUGACUUGGGUUGAUUCACAAUCAUGUACUGAAUAUGUAUGACCCCUUGGGUUGGUGUAUUUUGUCCGUUUGAUUCUUGGUGUGAUGCUAUGAGAAGCAUUCUUGCACCAUUGGGAAAUUGAGGAUUCAAGAAAAUGUAUUUUCCAAAAGAAGCUAUCAUUUUUUUGUAGUGCUCUGGAUUUUGGUUAUGGUAAUGAGUGUGUACUGCAAGUGGGAGGAACAAGAAGAACCUCUGUUGGCUUAUCUGAUAGACUCGGGAGAGAUUAGUCGCGAGACGGCUGAAGUAUUACAAAUUAAAUGCAUGCAGGAGGUUUUACAUGCCAAGAGAAUUCAGUUGUCCAUAACAAGAAUGCAUGAAGCUCUCAGCAUCUUUAAAAAUACCUCCGGUCACUGUAUACGUCUCAGAUCAAGCGUAAGUGACCAUUCCAUAGCAUCUACACAGAAGAUGCCCAGUCUAGGUGCUCUGAUGAGCGAAGAGAAGUACGGUAAUCAGUCUUUCAAAAGCAGGCUUAGUAGACUCAACAGAAACAGCAGCCGGAGCCUGCUCACGGACCUUCAUUCUCCAACCAACUCAAAACUCGAGAUCCCCCUCGCGCCCACAAACGGGCCCCCCUACCCCCUCCCUUCUCCACUCGGUAACCCCCUGCGGUCCACAAGCAGGCCCCUCCCUCCCCCACCGGGACCUGACCCGCCUCAGCUUCCGUCCAACCGGGCUCUGGCUCUCCGCCGCCACCUCCACUACCCAGGGCCGGCCCCCGCCCACCCCCACCGCCACCUCUACGGGCCGGAGGCCAGCACCAGCUGCCGCCACCUCCUCCAAACGAAACCUUUUAGUUAUGUUUUCUUAUAGAUGGUUUUAUAUUUAAGGAUGCUUUUGUAGGUGGGGCAAGUUUUGAGUUUGAAUAUCUCCAUGUAAACAUAAUGUGGAUCUUAAAGUGCUUGCUGCGAGUAUUUCUUGGUUUUGUAUGUAAGGAUGAUUUCUUGUUUUUGUUGUGUUUUCUUAUAGCCACUCAUGUUAAAUUCGACAGAAAAAAUCAUAUCAUA